UUUAUUUUUAUUCUAUUUCAGCUACAAAUUCACAUUGUAUACGAUGUUUCGCACACUAAUUCAGUAUUACCUGCUGCUCUGCGCAGUUCUAAGUCACAUCGGUCACCCUGUGGUAACGCAGCGUACAGCAUUGGAUGUCACUUUUCGUGACCUGUAUCGACCGUUGCGUUUGUUCGGUUUGAAUUUGGCUGGACGUUCUGGUGAUAAUGCUGAUAAUAGACAGUUGGUGCGAGAUAUGGGUAAAACACAAAAUCUCAAUACACGCGCUCGUUCGUUAGUAAACUUCUGCGAUGCGCUAAAUGGGCCCGGAAAGCGCAGCGAAACACGGCCCACCUCAGUGCAUCGCUUGCGACCCGGUGAUAUAGAUAUUAUAGGAGCAAUGGGUGAUUCGUUGACGGCUGGUAAUGGUAUUUUCGCCACUAAUUUGUUGCAUGUCACAGUGGAGAAUCGUGGUAUGGUAUGGAGUAUUGGUGGGCAAGGUACGUGGCGGCAGUAUUUGACGCUGCCAAAUAUAAUCAAGGAAUUCAAUCCGAACUUAUAUGGUUAUUCGCUGAAAGAUGGAAUCUCCACGGAUCGUAGUUCGAAAUUCAAUGUCGCCGAGCUGGGUGCUAUGUCGCGCGACAUACCGUACGAAGCGCAGGUGAUUGUCAAACGUAUGUCACGUGACCCCAAAGUGAACAUGACUGCCGAUUGGAAGCUCAUCACACUACUCGUUGGUAAUAAUGAUUUUUGCUCUGAUGUUUGCUUUCUACCACGACCUGAGGAUGCAAUUAAAAGGCAUGAGGAGAAUAUGGUGAAAACUUAUCGUUAUUUGCGUGACAAUGUACCACGCCUUAUGCUGAAUGUAGUACCAGCACCAAGGCUGGACUUUUUGGUGGGCCUUAGCAGUAAGACGCCAGUGUGUCAUACUACUCUAACAUUUGAAUGCCCCUGUUUGGUGGGAAAGCCCAAGCAGCAAGUAGCGAGGAUGAAACAAUUAAUGAAAAAGUGGGCUGCUAAGGAUAGGGAGAUAGUGAAUAGAGCUGAGUUCAAUUCGGAGACAUUCACCAUCAGUAUACAACCAUUUACUUUAUUUGAUGACUUCUUCCCGUCCAGCGAUGACGCGGGCAAAUUCAAGUUUCUUUCAGAGGACUGUUUCCAUCUUAGUCAGCGUGGACAUGCUAUUAGUGCCAAUUAUCUGUGGAAUAAUAUGUUGGAAGACGACGACAAUAAAAGCAUUAUGACGGAACCAAGACUGUUGGAGAAUUUCCACUGCCCGACAGCGGAACACCCUUAUUUUAUGACACGCGUCAACAGCCGUAAAGAUUUUCAAUUGUGACUUUGAUUUUGAACUUCGAUUAACGGUCGCGAGACGUCACGUUUUAUCGAUUGAUUUCUGGGGGAAAAAUGUGAAUAAUUCAAUAAUAAAAUUCUGUGAUAAAUUAGAUAUAAGUACAUAGAGCCAAUAGUCUUAGUUAGCCAUGUGCCGAUACAUAUGCUUACAAAUACAUUUACAUACUACACGUAGAAUUGACUUUGCAAUAAAAAAACCAUAAGUAUUUAUAAAAUAGUCAUACAUUACGAAUAAACGUAAGUACGGGAAUAAAUAGUUUAAAUGCUAGUUAAUAAUGCAAAAUGUAAACGAGAUAUUUGUAAAAUAAAUAUGUAUGUAUAUGCAAUUAUUCGAAAAGGAAAACAAUAAAUU